AUUUCUCCUCAUAAGUAUUUUUGCUCCUUCUUUUUAGGUAUACACAUUUUUCCACUACCAAGUGGAGGAGUAAGAUGGAGCUAAGGGGAGAGAAUCAAACAUGCGCUGUAUUUGAUCUGGUUGUGACACAUGUUGUGCCUCAGGAGUGCGUAUAAAUCUUUCAUUAUCUGUUUUCGUAUUAAACAAAACAGCAGCUUUUUAACAAACAAUCAUGGAGGACAGUGAAAUGUGGCAACAAAAGCUUGACAAACAGCGAAAACUUUUGAUGAAGAAGCAGCAAAAGAGAAGAACUAACGUUCAGAUGAUUACAGCAAAUCCUGAUGCUCGUCCAAAGAAUCGUAGGCAGAAACCUGCAGCUGAAGACACAGCUCUGUUAAUCAGUAAGUCUCAAAGCAACACCUCCUUAAAUGACACACAGUUGGAGCAUGGCUAUGAUAACAUGCUUGAAGAGAUCGAUCUUAAUGAAAUGAUCAUUUCACCUCAAAUUAUACCAGAGGACACAAUGCCGCCACUUCCACCUGUUAAGACAAUUGACCUGGAUACAGAUAAUCAAAUAACUCCCAAACACACACCAAACACACCAAAGAAAAUAAAAAAAGAAGUUGAGAAAAAGACUCAAACUAAACCGCUUGAUCAUCAUGAUGUUGGAGACGGUCGAGAAAAGCAAGCGAAGAAACCAGUGAAGAAAAAGGCAAAAAGAAAGACAGAGGAAGUGCAAACAGUUGAGACCGAUUCAGUGGUGGAGUUCAACAUUACUGACACAAACAAAACUGAAACAGAGAGUGAGGAUGAACAAAAAGACUGGUCAGAGAGUCCUGUGCCCCCCACACCAAAGAAAAAACAUGUUUUAUCUACUUCAGCAUACCUAAAUGACUCUGAAGAUGAAACAGAAGUCAAGGAGAAUAAGGAGGAAAAUCCAAAACCACAGAAAAAGUCCCAAAAAUCUAUGAAGAAUGAUUAUGAUCUUGCGUCACUAAAUUCUAACUAUAGGCAUUUCUCUUCAGAGAGUAACUCAUCAGACAUGGGAAAGUCCUCGCCAGUGUCUUUAGAGGACCUAGAACAGUUUGCUCUUCACCCUGCCCCAAGAGAUGUUACUAUUCAGUGUAGAAUCACCAGAGACAGGAGAGGAAUGGAAAGAGGAAUCUAUCCUACAUAUUACCUUCACAUGGAGAAAGAGGAUGGGAAAAAGGUCUUUCUCAUGGCUGGAAGAAAACGGAAGAAGAGUACAACAUCAAAUUAUUUGAUUUCCAUUGAUCCUACUGAUUUAUCCCGAGACACCAGCAGCUACAUAGGCAAAUUAAGAUCAAAUGUUUUAGGCACCAAAUUCACUGUAUAUGAUAAUGGAGAGAAUCCAGAAAAGAAGCCAUUUGUAAAGGAGAGCGAAUCACUUCGACAAGAGCUUGCAGCAAUAUGUUAUGAAAAAAAUGUGCUGGGUUUUAAAGGCCCCAGAAAAAUGACAGUGAUCAUUCCUGGCAUGCUUGAGAAUGAUGAAAGAGUCUGUAUUCGUCCAAAAAGUGAGCUUGAAUCUCUUCUUAUCCGUAAUGAAAAUGGCAACAAAGAGAAUUUAGUUUGCCUUGUAAACAAAUCACCAACCUGGAAUGAGCAGACACAAUCUUAUGUGCUCAAUUUUCAUGGUCGAGUUACACAGGCAUCUGUCAAGAACUUUCAGAUUGUUCAUCCUGACAAUGAGGACUACAUUGUUAUGCAGUUUGGAAGAGUGGCAGAAGAUGUGUUUUCCAUGGACUACAGCUUCCCCUUGUGUGCACUACAAGCUUUUGCCAUCACUUUGUCCUCCUUCGAUGGCAAACUUGCUUGUGAAUAA